UUCGUGCGAUUUCAGAGCAAAUUUGCAACCCUCGCAGUCAUUCCAGUUGCUAAAGUAGGCCGCGAGAGUCAGUCAUUCUCAAUCAAGUCAUUCGCGAAAAGAACACGAAUUGAAAGAAAGGAAAUAUGAUUAAACUAUCCCUUAAACGGUUUGCUACCGUUUUAUUCUUUCAAAUGUUGUUUCUUGGUGUUGACUUGGGAAUUAACAGCUUUUCCUACCUGGCCCGUGGUCAUCAAGUAGGCGUUAUAUUUUUAUUCAUUGCCCAAGAUGUGUGCUUGAUGCUUUCAUUUACAGCCUUCAUCUUCAGCCUAUACUCGACCUACCUGUAUCAAGCAGGAAUGGCAAAUUUGUUAUUUGAAAAGUUCCGCAUACCGCUCAUCAUAAGCAUCACUUACUUUUUCCUCAGCAUUACACUUCAUCUAUGGCAGGUUUUGGGUCAUUCCGAUGCCCCCUAUCAAUUCCAAUGGCCGAAAGCCCUAACUGCGCUCUUUAUUAUACACCGGCUAUUCUCGCCGAUUUAUUACUACCUUUAUAAAAAGUCUGCAUUGAAAAUGAGUGACCCUCGAUUCUACGAAAAUUUGGACUGGAUCGCUUCGCAACUAUCGAUCAAAUAAAGUGACGGAAAAGAACGAAAGGAAUUCCAUGCAAAUCAAACAAUAUUAUACCAUUGCUUUACAGAUCUCAUCACAUGAAUCCAACAGUUAGAAUUGCUAGUCAUUGUGUCACUUGGAUUAAAUUUUCCAGCUUUGUAGUCAUUAUGAUUCAUUGUUCUGUAUAGUUGAUUACAUUAUUGUAUUAUAUAGUUAAUUAGGAAAACACCAUAGUAUUACUUCAUAUUGAAAAGCACAAACACAUGAUUUGAAUAGAUGGAUUCCUUGAAUAUAAAAAUGUAAAAUGUUCAACAUUAUAUAUAAAAAGGGAACUAAGAUUACCAUUUUUACAUCCCAGUUACUUACAUGGUGUUAAAUCUCUUGUCAAGAGCAACAAUGUAUCUUGUGCUACACAUAUCCAAAUAAAAUGGCAUUGAAGCGUCAAAUGAUAUGCCCACAACAUUCAAAAAUGUAUAUUGAUAAGUAAUAACAUCAGAUUCUAGGAUACAUGGAUUAUGAAUUUCUCAUAUGUAUCUCUAGGCGGAGAACCGCGACGCACAAACUAUUCGCUACCUGUAGCAGAACUCUGACACUAUCG